AUGAGGCACGCACGGGUCCCGUCUGUCGGGUACGGGUACGACGUCUCUACCCGGGCUAGCCCCGUCCAGCUUUUUGAGGUCGCAUCGGUGCUCAAUUCCAGUGUCGUGCUUACACCCGCUGGCCUGAAGAGGAUAGCAAGCGUCAGGAUGGCCGUCAUGCUACCGAAGAAGCACCAUGCUUGUCGAGAAAGGCGUGCUGGCGUCGCUGUCAGCACUUGA